AUGCGAGAAUUGCAAAAGACCGGCUUUGGUGGACGGUUGGCUUUUGCCGGCGGUGCGUGGUGCUGCAGUACGCAGCACACCGCGGACCUUGCGGGGUACCGGUUUCGUGCGGGCGCCCAGUUACGGAUAUUGCGCAGUGAAUCCUUGCAACUGAGGCACGUGCUGCUGUCUCCGCCCGCGCUUCCAAGAAAGCAAGCAAGGCUGAGAACAGAGCACGUUAGGCACGUGCUGGCAGGCGGCCGUAUCAGCGGAACGCAGAGCAGCCGCUGGCUCCCCGAAGUACGACGCAAGCCGUUCAGCUUUGAAAAAGGCAACACGACGAUUUUACGUUCCUGUGAAAACAGCGAAUUGCUGGGGAACAAAGGCCGCGAGCUGCAGAUCACGGGGUCGAAUCCCCCGACCGAGUCUUCGUCGACCGCGAUCGACCCCGAAGAAGGUGACGAUUUUGAGGCGAACGCCGAGGAGGCCGAGCUGUUAGCAGCAGCUGCAGCGGCGCCCCCAGAGGUUGCAGCCGCAACGCUCCGCCGAAAAGUGCGCGCCCGUGCACGCACCGCCAGACUACAGAGGGAUAUCGAGGGCACCGAUCACGCCAGGCGAUAUCGCAUUACAACGUACUGCACCGCCAAGGAGUAUGACAUGGUGCGAGCUCUUCGACGAAUGAGAGUCUGGUCCAAUAAUCAGGCUGGUUUGGUCGACGACUCGUUGGUGAUUCACGCUCGACCCCGGCGGGCAGCUAUGGUCAGUGAAGACGACGCCGCUGAAGAGCCCGGCGAUGUCUUCAUCUUUCGCUACGGUGUUGUGGUCAUGUGGCAUCUCGAUCCCGAAGAGGAGCGCCAUCUACUGACCAUCAUUCGAUCAUUUUGUGAACGCGACGGCCUUGACGAACCCGAGUCUGAUGACUUUGCAUACGAAAUAAGCGGGGAUCAACCGCGUUUCGUCUCAGACAUUCUGAUGAUGCCGGAUGCUUCAGUUCUAGCGAAGCUUGCUGCAUCGCAUGGCAUGGCACAAUCUAUCAAGCUGUCCAGCUUUGAAGAGAGUGUUCAGCGAAGCGUCGAGGCGACGCGUGAUCUGGCUGCGGAGCUGGCGGCCACAGGUGCAAUUGUCUCGCGGAGUCGCCGGGAUAUCGCCAUGACGCUGGGGAGUCUGGUGAUGGACAGGCACAUUCUGUACCUCUUUGCGGAUGUUCUGGAUCCGCCUGACAUUAUCUGGAACCAUCCCGAAUACGAUUCUCUGUAUCGUCUCGUUGAGCGCUAUUUAGAACUACCGCAACGAGUUGAGAUGUUGAACAAACGUGUUGACGUUGUCCGGGAACUGUUGAACCUGUUGAGUAGCGAGCUCCAGUUCAGGCAUAGCAGCCGGCUGGAGGUCAUUAUCAUUGUUCUGAUUAUGCUGGAGCUCAUCAUCGCGCUGGGAAAGGAGGUUGUACCGCUUAUCGCUGGUACCGCGCGCCACAAUCGUUUCUGGAUCUUGGUUUUUCUGGCAAUUUUUGUAGCUGGACUGCUGGUAACGCUUGCCGCGCUGAUGGCAGAAAACUUAUUUACGUUCCCUCAUAAGAAACGCGAUCAUGAUCGCUUCCUAGCUAAGCCUUUUCGACCUCUGGCUGAGAUAGAGAAUUAUCGCGCCCUCAGGUUCCAAAGUACGACUCCACCACCAAGGCCAGGUCGCUGA